GAAUUCUAUAGAAUCUCUCGAAGAUUUGAUAACGACUGGUGCAUACAGGCGUAUAAUGUUUAGACACAGUAAUCUAUACGUAUGACACUACCACAUUACCAUUGAUAAUAACACUAUUUACUGAGGUAUUCAAAAAAGAUCCUACUCGGUAUGUGUGAAAAAAAUGGGAAAGCAAAACAGCAAAUUAAAGCCUGAAGUGCUCGAGGAUUUGAAACAGAACACUGAAUUUACAGACGCUGAAAUACAAGAAUGGUACAAAGGAUUUCUAAAAGACUGCCCCAGUGGUCAUUUAUCCGUUGAAGAAUUCAAAAAAAUUUAUGGAAAUUUUUUUCCAUAUGGCGAUGCUAGCAAGUUUGCCGAGCACGUAUUCCGAACGUUCGAUGCAAAUGGUGAUGGUACAAUAGAUUUUAGAGAAUUUCUUUGCGCCCUCAGCGUAACGUCUAGAGGAAAAUUAGAGCAAAAGCUAAAAUGGGCAUUCUCUAUGUAUGACUUAGAUGGAAAUGGUUACAUAUCACGCCAAGAAAUGCUUGAAAUUGUUACGGCUAUUUAUAAAAUGGUUGGAUCUGUAAUGAAAAUGCCGGAAGACGAAAGCACACCAGAAAAACGAACUGAUAAAAUAUUUAGGCAAAUGGAUCGCAACAAGGAUGGAAAAUUAAGCUUAGAGGAAUUCAUAGAGGGUGCAAAAAGUGAUCCAUCAAUUGUUCGUUUGUUACAAUGUGAUCCACAAUCCCAUUAACUCGUGUAUGUUUAUUUUUUAAGUAAGCAAUAAAUGUUCGGAUUAUUAUAACAGCAUUGUUAUUCUUUAUUUUCUAUAAGGAAUAACCUAAAUGAAUGACUAAUAUCUUAAUAAAUAUAUGAAACAUUAAAAUAAAAUA